GCUCUGUGGUAUCUUCUAGAAAGUGCCGAUGUUGAAGGAGUCAUUGAUGUCUUCCAGACUGUGAAAAAUCUUCGUAGACAGCGUUCUGGAAUUGUGUCUUCCUUUGAACAAUAUCAGUUCCUUUAUGACGUGUUGGCCAGCACAGUGCCUGCUCAGAAUGGUCAGAUUAGGUUAUCCAACAGCCAAGAAGUUAAACUGGAAAUGCCGAAUGAAAUAGAAAGCAAGUUUCCAGAAGUCGAAGUAGCCCCAUCAUCCACAGCCGUUCCAGGAGAGGACAGCUUAUCUAAACCUAAGGACGAUGAUACAACCGCUAAUGGACCCAGCCCAGCAGCAUUUACAGAUGUGACUCUGAGAAUAGAUGAAUAA